AUGUCCAUUCCUUGCGCGGAAUUGUCGGAUUCUGACGGUGAAACCGUCAGUGUUACACAUGACAAGUGCAUCGAAUACUGCGUCAAGCUGGUCCCCAAACAUCUGGGACUCGCUUCCGAGCAAUACAAAAGCACAGAUUCCAAAGCCCCUGAUUCGGACCGAAAUGCCCUGAAGGUAGAUCAGGUAUUUGGAGGAAUCACAAAUUCGUUGUACAAAGUUACCAACACCAGCAAUGGUAAAUCGGUUCUUGUCAGAAUUUUCGGUUCCCACACGUCGAGGAUCAUCGAUCGAACCAGGGAGCGCUACAUAUGCGAAUUGUUGUCGAAAUUUCAAAUUUCUAAAUCUGUUUAUUGUUAUUUCAAGGAAGGUCAAAUUGAGGAAUGGAUCGAAGGUCGAAACCUUACUCACAACGACCUCGUCAACUCAACCUAUUUGGUGAAAAUUGCCCAAAACCUCAAAAAACUUCACUCAAUUUCUAUCGACGGUGAUAUGAGCAGACUAAUAAACGGGGGGUCGGACGUGCCCAGGUCCUGUUUGUGGUCCACCUUGUGGAAUUAUUACAAAUUGUGCCAGAGAUAUGUCGGAAAGACUCGUUUAAAGGAUUCCGAGAUCGACUUUGAAGAGCUUGAAAAGAAAAUUACUGCCCUUGAAAAGGUAUGCAAUGCUGUUAAGUCGCCCCUGGUUUUGUGUCACUGUGACUUGUUGUCCGGAAAUAUCAUUUUGUUGCCGGACGGUAAUGUCAGAUUUAUUGAUUUUGAGUACUCGUGUUGUAUGGAGCGUGCUUACGACAUAGCCAACCACUUUAACGAAUAUAUGGGUUUCACCGGCGAUUUCGCCCUGAUUCCCGACUUGGACACUCAGAAACGGUUCAUCCGGGAGUACCUCAAGUUCGACGUAACUGAGUUGCGUCCCGGCCUCGAAGGCUUCUGCGGCUUCAAUCAAGUUUCACAUUCUGAGGACGCCGUUGACGAUUUGCUUCGGGAAAUACAGCCGUUCUUCAUGGCCUCGCACAUUGUCUGGGGCAUCUGGUCUCUUUUACAGAGCAGUUUCUCUAACGUCGAGUUCGACUUUCUAAGAUACGCCAAAAAGAGAAUUGGAUACUUCAUGAACAGCAGUUUCUGGGAGCAAUUAUAA